CAUACGGGAUCUACUAUCCCUUCUUCGAGGCAUUCCCCAGCGUCUAUCAGGGCAUGUACGGAUUCAACCUCGGAUAAAUGGGAGCUGUCUUUCUCGCCAUCGUGGUCGGAACAAUUAUCUCGUUCGUUAUAUACAACAUCUACAUCCACAAAACUCACUUCCCGAAAUCAGUAUUCUGGAAAGCUCCCAUCAAACCCGAAACUGUACUAAUUCCCGCGCUCUUUGCCUGCUUCGGCCCCUCCAUCGAGCUAUUCCUGUUCGGCUGGGCAGCACGGCUGAAAUCCACUGGAUCGUGCCGACGAUAGGAAUCGCCAUCUUCCCAGCCUGCGUGUUCAUCCUGAUGCAGUGCGUUUUUCUCUACAUUCCUGGUUGCUACCCGCAGUAUGCAGCAAGUAUGUUUGCGGCGACGGAUUUUACGCGGGGUGCGUUUGUGUGCGGUGCUAUUAUCUUUUCGCGACCGCUGUAUUUGAACUUAGGGAUUGAGAAAGUAUGUAGUCUUUUGGCGGGGUUAAAUAUUGGAUGUGCUACUGGGAUUCAUUUGUUGUUUCAUUAUGGGGAGGCGUUGAGGAG